AUGUUUUUAGGAAAAGGACAGAGGCUGAUUAUUUGUCACAUCGGCAGUAAAGAUGGAUUUGUUCCUGGUGGUCUUUGGGUAUUUCAAUCAAAAAAAACUGGGGAUUACCAUGAAGAAAUGGACGGUCCGUCUUUUGAAAAGUGGUUUGAGGGAGUACUUCCUAAGCUGGAGGAAAAUGCCGUGGUCGUAUUAGACAACGCUCCCUACCACUCCAGGAAGUUGGAGAAGGUGCCUACAACAGCCACCAAAAAGGGAGAAAUCCAAGAGUGGCUUCGCUCCAAAAAUUUGAGCUAUGAGGAGGCCAUGAUUAAGGCACAAUUAUUAAAAAUUGUCAAUGAAAAUAAAAGUCAGUUUAACCUCCAUAUAAUUGAUGAAAUGGCCAAAGCGAGCGGCAGAACUGUCUUGAGGCUUCCGGCUUAUCACUGUAAGCUCAAUCCAAUUGAGCUCAUUUGGGCAAAAAUUAAGGGCUAUGUGGCAUCCCACAAUACAACUUUUAAGUUUGCCGAUAUGAGGAAGAUAUUUGAAGUGGCAGUUUCAAGGAUAACUCCAGAAAAUUGGCAAAAGUGUAUCGAACACACAAAUAAGGUUGAAAACAAAAUGUGGGACCUUGAUAACAUUAUGGAUGUGCAAGUUGAAAGACUUGUUAUUCCAUUGAAUGGCAGUGAUACCUCAUCCAGUUGA